UGCACCACAGCAAAAAUAAUUAGCCGAACACAAUCCGCCUAAACAGAAUUCCUUUCGCCUCCCGCCAAAGAUCUCUCAGCCACAGGCGCAGCAAACUGAAGUGGAGUUAGUAGCCUAACUGUUGCUAAUCUUUGAAGGCUACAUUGUAGCCUUUUCUUGUUUGUUACAUUGUAAUACUAAUUUAUGCUUCCUUUGGAGUAAUCUGGAUACUAAUUUGGACCAAUUUGUCCUAUGGUAAAAUGGGCAUGCCUGAAUUUGAUGCAGUCUUCGGACGUGGGCUACCUGAUGACUUGCUAAUAAUGUUUCCUUGGCCGUUUUUGUCUGCCUUCUCAAGCCGGAGGAAAUAGACUCGCCUCCCAUUUUUUUUUCUUGCCCCGUGUCGUGGGUUGAAAGUGAUUUGGUGUUGAAGACAAUGACAAAAACAAGUGUAAGGGCAAAGGGUGAGGGUGUCAUUAAUGAUACACUUUUGAACUCGUUCAAAGUGUAGGCAAUAUUACUGCUUUUGUUCGGGGGGAUGGUUUCGAGUUGUUUUACUUUCAUCGACAAACGCCGUCCUUGACAGAAAAUUCAGACUUGUCAAAGUUGGAACUCUGUGAGAAAUAGCGAUGCUAUCAUCAUAGGAAACGGGUAUCACGCAGACAUCCGGAAACGCAUCCAGGCGCCACGGUUUCCUAGCAUGAUGUCAAUAUUCUUUAACAAUACAAAGGAUUCCUUCAAGGACCUCGAUUGAGAUACCUUAUAUGCGCGCUUGUCAUGGGUGCGUCGACGCGGUUAUUUUGCUCUGCUCCAUACGGUUUUGGAGUGCGCUUAUGCAAUGAGACAACCUGGAAUUAUUAAGUAGCCUGCAUUGAUACAUAUUUCGACAAUAUGGCUGAUCAGAGUAACAUCCAGUCUGCUGCUUCCAAAAGCAUCCGGCCAUUCAAAUCCAGCGAGGAAUACCUGUAUGCCAUGAAGGAGGACCUGGCGGAGUGGUUUAACACACUGUAUGACCUGGAUAUAACGGCGGACACCUUUAUGGAAGGGCUGGAGACUGGCUGUGCCCUCUGUCGGCAUGCCAACAACGUGAAUCGCGCAGCGCUGGACUUUCAACUGGAGUGCCCGGAGGCUGCACAGUCAUUGAGGAUGCCAACCAAGGAUGUGGUCUUUCAGUCGAGAAACGUGGUUCCUGGGUCGUUUUUGGCUCGGGACAACGUGUCCAAUUUCAUCGGCUGGUGUCGUCAGGAACUGUGGAUCAAGGAUGUUCUCAUGUUCGAGACCAACGACAUAGUGGAGAAAUGCAACGAGAAGAACUUUGUGCUGUGCCUGCUGGAGGUGGCGAGGCGCGGCGCCAAGUUCGGCAUGCUGGCCCCGAUGCUGAUCCAGCUGGAGGAGGAGAUCGAGGAGGAGAUCCGGGACCAGGAGAACCUGGGGGAGCCCAACCCAAGCCUGCUUCCAAUAAGCAGGGCUUUCGUUAGGAAAGAGAGUGUGGUGGAUAAACCCGAGCCUGCCCCCUAUGCACAUUGGCAACAGAAACAGAGGGUGCUGUGUGACAUGAGAAACUUAGAUGAGUUGGUGCGGGAGAUCCUGGGCCGCUGCUCCUGCCCUGCCCAGUUCCCUAUGACCAAGGUGUCUGAGGGGAAAUACAAAGUGGGAGACUCCAGUGCUCUGAUCUUCAUACGGGUCCUUCGUACUCAUGUGAUGGUGCGUGUGGGUGGGGGAUGGGACACAUUAGAACACUAUCUGGACAAGCAUGACCCCUGCCGCUGUGCCGCCUUCGCUCACCGGUACCACCAGGCCAAAGCCAGUGGGCAGGGUGCCCACAGCAAGUCCUCCAGCGCCCACUCCUCCCGCUCCACCAGCCCAGGCCCAUACUGGCGUAACGAGGGCAUUGCCCCAUAUAAGCCCCCUGAAAGACGCACCCAGGGCCUGGAGCCUCCAUCAUGUGCCCCCUCCUCCUCCAACCGGCCUGGCCGCUCCCACCACCCCUCCCUCCCCACGGAGCUCGACACAAACGCAGGACGCACCCCCCUGUUACCACGACCACCGCGAGAACGGUCAGAACCCCGCCACUUGAACCCAGUCAGGUCUAAGGAGUCGUCAUUGUUGCCAGUGACCCGCCGUCUGUCAGGGGACAGCGACUCCUCUACAGCCUCCUCUAAGGGAGGAGGAGGAGGGGCAGGGGGAGGCCGCUUCUCUCUGGGGGGCACCCGCCGCUCCGGAGAGGAGGUGGUCCUGCUGGUCAACAGGAAGGAGGGAAAGCAUGUGAUCGAGAGGCCUGGAGGAGGAGGAGGACAGGUCCCAGCCCUGCGCCCCCCAAUGCCCCGCGCACGCAGCCACUCCCGGGAACGCCCUGCCCCCGCCUCCAUCCUCAAACCCAGCCCCCCACAGGGCCCCUCUGACGGGCUCAGGAGCAGCCGUGGGGAAAGGGGCCGCUCUCUGGGGCCUGAAAGCCCACACAGGCUCCAGGCCCUGCGCUCCCACAGCCAGGGAAAGAUGCCCAGCCGGAGUCGGACCAGCGAUGCCAGCCCUGGACCCUCUCCCCGUCACGGGGCCUCGCAGCCCCAAUCCUCUGACAGACGAGAGGAGCUGAGGACCAAACAACUGCCCCCCGCCUCCCCCAGAAUCAGUGGAGGUUUCUCAAGGAGACAAUCAUCCUGCUGCUCUAAUUCACCUAUCAAAGGGCUUCAGAGCAGCAGCCUCAGUAAGAAGACUAUGGUGGCUCCCAGGCCCCCCGCUCCACGCUCCCCCUCGGUGGGGAGGAGUAGGCUGCUGCCUCCCGUCUCCCAGGCAGGCCGGCGCUCUCCUCACUCCUCCUCCCCCCGCUCCUCUCACCACCAUGGGCAUGGACCCCGCUCCCCUCGAACCUCCCACGGCCCUCGCUCCAAUGGGCAUGGCCACAGAGGGUGGGCCGGCUCUGAGCGACAGGAACCUGAGGAGGAGGGGCUAGGCUAUAACGUCCAGAUCCUGCCCAACCUGGACCCCCAGAAGGAGCAGGACCUGUACCGCAGCUUCGAGGCUGAGUUCCUGGCUAACACGGGGCAGGGUGGAGGGGGGCCUAGUAGACCCACAGGGGGGGGCACCCUUCAGCUGCCCGCCUCCUCACACCCACAGCAGGGGGUUGGGCCCCAAACCCUCCGCACGCCUGCCUCUGUUGACCCUAACGUCACUGACUCGGCCUACUCCUCCUCCAACUCCUCCACCUCCUCACUCAACGUGGGGGGUAAGGUAGGUGGUCUGCCUGACCUCCGGGAGUCCAAGAGAACUAACCCACGUUCCUGUGGAGGACUGGAGGAUACCCUGGGCCCACUGCAUGGCCAUAGCCCUGGCGGACUAUCCAACGGUGGGCACGCAGAACCAGAGCGCUGGGGCGGGCGAGGUGGAGGUCUCAGGAAGCUCCCUGCCAUCUCCAGUUCCAUGGAGGAAGGGGAGCUCCUGUCCUCCUUGCCUGGCCAGAGAGACUCGGAGCUGGGCAUACCUCUCAGCCAUGCCCCCUCACAACUUCCUUUCCACCCCAGGAGCAUGAAUGGGGGGGGCCAUGUCAGUGGUGCUCCAGCAGAGAUGCUGAUGGAGAGCCAGCAGGGUCAGCUUGGCUGGGGCUCAGGGCCUGAGGGAAACAUCCCUCUGGAGGAUCACCAACCAAGCUUCCCCUACGACCUGGAGGAUGGAGACCCCAAUGAUGACCUCCCUCCCCCAGAGUCUUGUCCCUCGCCCAUCCCCCUGCCCCCCUUGGAGGACUGCUCCUUCCAGGAUGACUCCUCCAGUGAGAGCUCCUCCAUGUGCUUCAGCCUGAGUGAAUCACGCUCAGAGUCCUCUCCCCCACCUCCUCCCCUGGCCAAUGGGGAUGCUGUUGAUGGGGGUGUAGUACUCCGGCCCAAGAGGGCAGGGAAGAAGGCUGACAGGGUGCCCUCCAUCUACAAGCUCAAGCUGAGGCCCAGGGUCAGACCCCGUACAGACAACCGGCCAGGGAACAGCCCGUCACGUAUCCCCACCCCAGUCAGCUACAGAGACCUUCAGGCCAGGGGCAACUAUACUCCCCUCCACAGCCCCACCCCGCCACAGUCCCCUCAGAGCUCCCAUUCCAAUGGCCAUCCACCCUCACGCAAGGCCAUGCACCAGGCCUUUGCUGACCUGAUCCACCCUCAGUCACGUUCCCCCGCCAUGGGCAACAGGAACCGCUCCUACUCUGUAGAGUCAGGGAGCGGCCUGGACACUGAGGCUUGGAUGUAGCACACAACUAACUCAUCAUGAUGAUACUGAUAUAGAAGAGUCUGUUGUCAAAUGAAAACUGACUACUGUCUAAAAUAGACUGGAGACCGGGCUACAGACUAUUUUUAUAGAGCAUGUUGCACACUCCCUCAUUUUGAAAUGCAGUCAGGCCCUUUCCUGUCUAUAAUGGUCAGGGUUUCAGUAUCCCAUUCUAUUCUUUGCACUCUAAGCCUAAUUAUUUAUUACCAAAGGAUUGAUCCAGAAUCUAAUACUAUUGUUUAAGUUGAGGGAUGCUUUGGUCAAUCAUAAAGUGUCUAAUACAAAGCAGGCACUGUCUUGAAAGCCCCAUGUUAUGCUGCAACUAUAGAGAGAGAGAGAGAUAACAUAUGUGCAGUCAUAUGCAUCGCUGAAAAAGUGCCAGUGCUGAGGGGGAGGUAAGAACCCCAGGCAGGAGCAGUGAAUCACUAGCAUCAUCAUCUAGCAUCAUCAUGAAGUCAACUGGACUGGCUCCCUCUAGUGGACAGUGUAUGCUACAGCAUCUCUGUCUGCUUUGAUUGUCAAAAUGCUUGUGUGGAGAGCGUGCUGUAACAGAUACUUUCUCUCAUUCUCCAUACUGCCACCCACCCUCUGCUAGUUACCUUCUGUGGACAUCUUUACAGAUCUAAUCUGUUUUGGACUCAUAUAUAAAUACAAUACUCUACAAUACAUUACUGUACAAUGUUCACAUCUAAAAGUCCGUUGGACUUUAUACACACUACAUAUUCCAUAUGUGCACUACUACUCACCUUCCCCCACCAACCCCCUGCAUCCUGACCUGUUCAUUGCCAUACAUGUAUGAUGUCACUUUCUCACUGCCAAUCCACAUGGCCAUGAUUGAGUGAUGUCUUCUGAUUAGGUUUUGAGCUUUUAUUGUGAAAAUAUACAAAGUAGGAUUUUUCACAUGAUGUUGUAUGUGUUAACUGCAGUCUGGGGUAAGAGUAAGAUGAUUAUGUGUCAUUGUCACUGAAACAGCAAAGUUGAAUACUUCCAAUGAUCAAGAGUUAUCUCAACAUGAAAAUCAACACUAAAAUAUGUGUACAAAAGACUGUUAAAGUGGAUGAAUGUGUAUAUAUACUGUAUGUACAUGUGUAUAUACAGGUAUAUGUAUACUUGCAUAAAGAUGUGGUUAUAGUGUAUAUAACAAGACGUAAUUAUGAAAUGUGUAAAUAUUUGCUGUAUGGGGUUAUAUGCUGCCUUAGCUAUGCAAUAUUGCUGUUGGAAAUGCCUUGACAAUUCCCUUUGCCUUAAAAUGUGUGUUUGAGUGUGGUUUGAGAACGUUAGUGCCCAACAACAACACCCAUCCACCACGAGUGUCAUUGCCAUCACCAUCAGUUUGUUUCUCAAAAUGUAGAAUUGUUCAACGACACUAAAUUAAAAGCACCAUCUUAUUUGAGAUGGAUUAUAAUCUAUUUGUAUGAUAGAUACAUAGACAAACCAUUCUCUCAUCAAAGGGUCUUCAGUGACAUCUAGUGGUUGUAAAAAGAUUGUCUCAUAUUUGGAUGAAAUUCCUUCACAGAUUGAGUUUUGAUCAUGUGCGUGUUUUGCUGGAUUGGUUUGGAGUAGAUGAUUGUUCAUCGUGAUGUAUUGUGUGGUGUAUUGAAAUGGCUUAAGAAUAUGUGUAGAUUUUUCUUGAGUGCUUUUAUGUGGAGAAUGGACAUGAAUAAUUGAUAGUGUAAUAGAUAUGUCUGUCCAAUGUAAUGGACUCUUGCCUUAUUGGUAAUAUCAAUAACAGAGCAGGCCAGGGAUACAACUGUAGGGUUGACACUUUAAAAAGGCUUUAGAGGUUUUAAAACUGCUAUGAAUGGUUUUAAAGUGGAAUGACAGGGACUGUGUUGCAGUGGGUUUUCAGUAAACUGAUUGCACAAGCAGAGUGGAAAGAGUUGGUGUGUGCGCAUCUUUCAGCAAACUGAAUCUGAGUGUACAUACAGUAUAGGAAUAUGUACCAGGUGUUCUGGUGUAAAUGGGAACGUAGGUAGAGCUGUUGAUGAAAAGAAGGGAGGAAUGUUGUUGGCCUUAUUUAUUUAUUUAUGAGUUGGUCUCCAGUUACAGGUGUGGCUCUAAGUGAAAAACAAUGCUGUAUGUAGAGUCUGAAGGCAGUGAGGUGAGGGCCCAGAAUAAGUCAUAAAAGGAAAAUAUUUGUUUUUGUUAGAACUGUGGCUCUCCAUUAUCCUAAUGGCUUUAACCAGAGCCCCUAGUUCAGUAAUGCACAGGGUUCCAGUGAUCUUAUUAAUUCUCUGCAGACACUUGAGGCCAUAGGUGGUGGUGGUGUACUAUUUCUGAGAAUGUUUUCAUGUAUUUUUGUGUCUUUGACUUGAGGAUUUUGAUUGUUAAAAUAUUUGCUUUUAAACAUGUUUAUCAUGCCAAUUAAUGUCCACACAUCAACCAAAUAGUCACAAUACAGCAGAUGCUGUUAUGCAUUUAAAAAAUAUCCUGAUUCUUCAUUUAUUUGCUGUAUUAAGGGAACACUCCAGCAAUGAAUAGAGCCAAUCCAAGAGGGUCACAGGUUUUGUUGAUAACUACACAGGAAGGAGCCAACCUACACACUGCCUAUUCUUUUAACUGCUCAAAGAUAGUUGCAUUUUUAUUUUACCCUCCACUGGCAUAAGUAGCCUCUGUUUGCAUUAUUAGCCAAUAUUAAUUUUCUCUCUUGACUGACCCAGUGAGAAGUUGAUCAACCAUUUCAUGGUAUUGCUUUUACAUGUAGCUGUCUUUAAAAAAGUACUAUUUAUAUAUUUGUUUUUGAUAGAUUUUCAAUUAAAAUGUUCAAUUAUCAAAUGGGUUUGAAAUAUUAAAACAUGCAUGAUGGGUAAACAGGUGACAGAGUUUUUACCAGUAAACAUGUUGAAAACCAUGGUCUAAUGAUUGAGUUUGUCAAUUCAACUGUAAUUGCAAAAUUAUUUUCUAGUUUGACUUUCUCCUUAGGGUGCAACGUUGCUUUUGGUUUUUGUUUGUCAAACACUGCUUUUAAAAUAACGAAUCAUCUCUCUCUCUCUCGCUCUCUCGCUCUCUCAUUCUCCCUUUUAUCUCUCUGAUAUCUCUGUCUAAAUGGUAUAAUAAAAAGUAAUGAAAUUAAACGGAUCAUCACAUCAAUUUUGAAUGUCCAUUCCAAUUUAUUUUUGUGUUUAAGCCUCAUUUGCUGAUGUUAUCUUCUAUCAAACAAUGACAUUUAAAUGUACUGAAGACGAGUGCUUUACAUUUGUGGAAUUUGUCUGUAUUAAAUAGCAAUACUGCAAUA